AUGAUAUGGACAACACCUCUAAAGAUAAUAUAUUCAUUUGUGAUAUCCUGUAUCUUCGUUGCCCCAGCCAUUAUCGGUUACAUACUUCAUGUCCAGCUCACUCGGCAUUCCUUUUGGGCAUUGGGUGUAUAUGGUCUUGUUGUGUUUUCAUUUGUUGUUUUACAAUUGAUCUUUGCCUCUUUGAAUCGAUGUAUGGUCGCUUAUUAUAGACGAAAUCAACCUGAUCCUAUCUCCUCUUCUUCAUCAUUUGAAAAAAAUGAAAAUAACGUGUCAUCAUCAUCAUCAUCAUGCGAAAGACGUAAAGCAUCCAAAUUAGGCCUUGCUGUAGUUGGUUAUCGUGAAGAACCGGGUUUGUUUGCUGCUUGUUUGGAAUCCAUUCGUCAUGUAGAAUAUCCUGAUCCUAUCAUCAUGGUCGUGGUGAUCGAUGGCAACGAUCCACAAGAUGCAGAAAUGGCAGCGGUGUUCCAAAAAAUAUUUCCUACAGAACCUGUCGUGACCCUUCCUCAUCUUUUAUCUGAUCUCUUUACUGGACAUCCUCAACAAUUGGAACUUGUUCAAAAACAAUUAGGUUUACCUUACUCACAAUCAAUUACUCUUGCCAAUCAAUCAACUCAUGAGGAUAACUCGGAAAAUAUCAGUAUCAUAACUACCGACAGGAGUGUGAAAGGAGAAAACGACACUAUUGUUAUCAACAACAACAACAACAAUAAGAAGAAGAAGAAGAAAAAGCCAUCCAAAAUAGAAAUUAUUGUUCAGGAAAGACAACGUCAAAAGUUGCAAGGUCGACAUUAUGAACUUGAAUCAUGCCCAACAACACCAACAAUGGAUCCUCUUGACAAGUUUCUUCAUUAUUAUACCGUCCUGCCUUCGAAUACCCGGAUAGUAUGUUAUAUGCAACCUCAUCGUGGCAAACGACAAGCCAUGUAUACAGCGUUUCGUAUCCUGUUAGCAGUAGGCUGUGAAUCUAUUGUGUCCACAGAUUCAGACACCAAGUUUGAUCCUCGUGCAGUUUUGGAACUUGAACGUGCUCUUCACUGGUUCCCUUCCAUUGGUGCGGCGGCUGGCGAUGUACGCAUUUGGAAUACUAUGGAUAGUGCCUUGUCUUUCAUGUCCUCUUUACGCUACUGGAUGGCUUUUAAUAUCGAACGUGCUGCUCAAAGUUUCAAUCGUGCUGUCACUUGUGUCUCUGGUCCCAUGGGUAUCUAUCGUGCUUCCGUCUUGCGUGAGAUUUUGGAUGAUUGGGUGACUCAAAGGUUUUUAGGUCUAGAAUGUACUUAUGGUGAUGAUAGACAUUUGACAAAUAGAGUUCUUCUUCAUGGAAAAAAGGUGGUUUACAAUCAUAUGGCGUUUUGUGAAACGGAAACACCUGUCACUUUUAUUCGAUGGUUCAAACAACAGACAAGAUGGUCCAAAAGCUUUUAUAGAGAAUUAUUAUGGAAUGCACGUAGUCUACAUAAACAUAGUCCAUGGAUGGCGGCAGAAUUGUUUUAUCAAGGGAUGUAUCCAUUUGUUCUGAUGUUCUCCAUUUUUUAUAUUUUAUGGGCGCACUCUCCUUGGGUACUUUUGAUUUGGUUGGUAUCCUUGGUGAUGGUUGCCAUGAUCAAGAUGGUCUACUCUGUGAUGGUGUCUCGAUCGCUACGGUUUCUUGCUUUCCCAUUCUAUUCUAUUUAUUACCUCAUCGGCUUGGUUCCUGCCAAACUGUGGGCCUUGAUUUCUCUAUGGGAUGUGGGUUGGGGUACGAGCGCUAGAUCUGCUUCUGAACGAAAGCGUGAAAAUAUCUUAUGGUGUCAAGUCAAGCAAUCCCUUCCUGUCGUUGUAUGGUCUUGUCUCUUGGUCGCCGGGAUCGCCUUUAACAUCCUUAUCUAUUUUUUUGAUCCUAUCAAAGGUGUUUUGGCCCCUCGUCUCCCUGAUCCUAAUAGUAUUGUGUUUUAUCCCAAUCCUGACAUGAUUACCUGAUAUUCUUUUUUUUUUUUUUUUCAUUAGUUAGUUC